AUGAGUGAGUCACUGAAGCGAAAUUAUUGUGUGGGUGGAGAGUUAGGAAGGGGACGAUUCGGCACCGUUUUCAAGUGUUACUCGUCGGCGACCGGUGAGCUAUUCGCCGUCAAGUCUAUCGACAAGCGCCUAAUCGCCGAUGACGCCAUAGAUCGACAAUGUCUUUACAACGAAGCGAAAAUUAUGCACUUGCUUUCGCCAAAUCCUAAUGUUGUUCGUGUUUUCGAUAUCUACGAGGACGAUACUCACCUUGAUAUGGUUUUAGAGCUCUGCAACUCCGGCGAUUUGUUCCAACGCCUCAGUAGUCAACCGAUUUUCUCAGAGUCCGACGCUGUUGAUGUCAUGGUACCACUAAUGAAAGCAAUAGCGCACUGUCACCGUCUCGGUGUAGCCCACAGGGACAUCAAACCGGAUAACAUUUUAUUCACCGACUCUAACGAACUGAAAUUGGCUGAUUUUGGAUCGGCGGAGUGUUUCCAUGAGGGCCAGCUGAUGAGCGGCGUGGUUGGAACGCCGUAUUAUGUGGCGCCAGAGGUUUUAGCUGGGAGAAACUACAGUGAGAAGAUCGAUAUUUGGAGUGCUGGUGUUAUUCUGUAUAUAAUGCUUGCCGGAGUUCCACCUUUCUUUGGUGACUCAGCUUCAGAGAUCUUCGAGGCUGUGCUCAGAGCUAACCUUAGGUUUCCGCCUAGGAUCUUCCAUUCAGUAUCGCCGGCGGCGAAGGAUUUGCUUCGGAGAAUGCUCUCUAAAGACGUUUCUAGAAGAUUCUCUGCCGAACAAGUUCUCAGGCAUCCAUGGAUGACUAGCAACGGAGAAAUCAGAACAGUUGCUCCAUUUUAG